GUGGUAUCAGUGCAAAGUGGUUUUCUCGGGAAGGAUAUCUGUGACGCGGAGAUCGCGCCCCACACCCAGCGCGCGCCACGGCGGCAGGCAGUAGUCUCCCCGCAGUCGGCCGGAGCAGUCAGGGGCGCGCCAGUAUGUGAGCUGAAGCUGACGAGAUGAGAGGAAUCGUGUCUUGUGUGGUGUUGACAGUGCUAGGGACGUGGGGGAGCGAGCGCCUGGGGGGACGUGGCGUCCACCAAGGAGGCCGCCGCCAGAGAGCUGUUCCAGGAGAUGCUGCAUAUCCAGCCGCCUUCUGGCGCCAGAGGAUCUACCACCAGACCCUUCGCUCCCAGGCACAUGCUGGAACUCUACCGGCAGUAUACUUCCACCAGCAGGCAGCCCAGUGACAGCGUCGCCACCACCAUCCGCAACAUCCUGCCGAUGUCGGCCCCCACACUUGGGUCGGUUGGCAGUAAGGACUUGUUGUUCAACGUGAGCUGUGUACAGGAGACUGAAGAAGUAAGGCUCGCUCAGCUGCAGCUGAACAGGCGGAAACUACACCAGCGGCACACCCACAAGCGAUUGCUGGCACCCCCUUUCAGGGUGAGGCUGUACCAGGUCACCCCUACACGGCUGGUGCCUCUCGCCUCUGUGCCGGUGUCCAUGGUCCAGAGGAGUGCAUGGGCCUCGGUGGACAUCACCGCGGCACUCAAGGAGCUACUACUGGACCCGAAGGUCUCCAGGAGGAUCUUAGCGGUGAGGUUCGAGUCCCCUUCCGGGAAGCAGAUCCCUCCGUCCCACUUCCUACGGGGAGUCCCCGACACUCCACACGCCUUCCUAGUGGUAUUUGCUGAGGACAGCGAGGAGAACAUGGUGUCGGAGGACGGGAGUCAGCUUGCCCCCAAGCCGCCGAUGCACACCCACGCGAUGGUGCAGAAGUUGCGACAAGGCCCCCACGCCGCCCUCUUCCUGGGGGAAGACCAAAGCAACGAUCUCCAAGUCAUCCCCCUGCUUGAUGAAGCCAGGAAGGCGCACAUGUUCACAAGGAACAACACAAAGAGAGUAAAUACCCUCCAAACUCUACCUACGUACGGUGAAAAUGUCGAAGAGAACAAGUUCACCACUAGCGCGUUGAUCCGUAAAAUGAGGUCAAUAAUGGACAACCAACUGCCUGACGAUGACGAUAACGCCUUGGAUAAUCAAGUCGGCAAAGACCUUGCCGACAUCCGUGAUGGGAUCGAAGACCGGCCCAGUUCAGCACAUCGAGAGCAACAAGAGGAAAUUCAAGAAAGGGAAGAAAAGCAAGCGUAAAAAAGGCAAAAAGACAGGCAUGAAGGCUAGCUCCUCCUUUAUCGAAGCUUGGCAAAGUGAAAAUCAAAGAAGUGAAACUUCGAUAACAGGAGCUGCCGCCGAAGUUGGCGCAUGCGCAGUGCGGAAGCUGACGUUGGACUUCUCCGAGAUCGGGUGGUCUGACUGGAUCAUAUCUCCUCAGACGUUCGACGCCAAUUACUGC